AUGACUGCCGAUAUCCGUGUCUCAAUCGAUCGAGGCGGCACAUUCUGCGACGUUAUUGCGCACGUUGAAGGGCGCGAGCCAAUCAUCUUCAAGCUUCUUUCGGUAGACCCCGCAAACUAUCAAGAUGCUCCCACUGAAGGCAUCAGAAGAGUGCUGGAGAUUGUAGAGGGCAAAAAGAUCCCAGUGGGAGAAAAGCUGGACGGAACUAGAAUUGCAUCGUGUCGCCUGGGCACCACCGUCGCUACAAAUGCUUUAUUAGAGGGGAAGUAUGAAAAGUUUGCACUUGUGACGACCAAAGGUUUCGAAGAUGUGUGCGUCAUUGGAGAUCAAUCAAGGCCGAAGCUGUUUGACUUGAAGGUGAAGAAAGCCGAGGCCCUUCAUGACACCGUCAUCGGGGUCGAUGAGCGGGUGACGAUCGAGGAUUAUGACUUGAACCCAUAUCCUUUGGACAAGUCGGCCUCGCUCAAUGACCCAGAUCUCGUACGGACGCCGAGCGGGGAAAUCAUUCGCAUAUUGGCUCGCGUCAACGAGGAAACUGUCCGCGAGCAGCUCCUGGCUUUGCGCGAUGCCGGCUACAAUUCCGUCGCCAUCUCUUUCAUGCAUUCAUACAUCUUCCCCGAUCAUGAGGACCAGGUGGCAAAGAUUGCCCGCGAAGUAGGCUUCACAUACGUGACGACCUCGGCAGAGACUAGACCUGUGCUCAAGUAUUUGAACCGCAGUACUUCAUGCUGCUCCGAAGCCUGCCUUUACCCAGUUAUCCGGAGAUACAUUGAGAACUUUGAGUCGGGUUUCCGAGUCUUGCCGCGACGAGUCGAUUUCAUGUGCUCCGAUGGCGGUCUGAAACAAUCUCAAAAGUUCAGAGGCAAUGAAGCUCUCCUCAGCGGUCCUGCCGGUGGAGUCGUGGGCAUUGCAACAUCUUGUUACGAUGUCGAACAGAAAAUACCAAUCAUUGGAUUCGACAUGGGAGGCACGAGUACCGACGUUUCAAGGUUCGAUGGCAAGUAUGACUAUCUUUCCGAGACCGUCAUCGCCGACAGGACAAUCUCAAUGCCCAUGCUCAAUAUAUCUACCGUUGCUGCCGGAGGCGGAUCCAUCCUGUUUGCGCGGAGCGGACUCCUCGUCGUAGGACCCGAGAGCGCUGGAGCACAUCCCGGUCCGGCAUGUUAUCGAAAGGGUGGGCCCCUAACCGUGACGGAUGCCAACCUCUUCCUUGGGCGUCUGGUCGUCUCAUCCUUUCCUUCCAUCUUUGGUGAAAACGCCGACCAGCCUCUUGAUCAAGAUGUGGUUACCGCCAAGUUUCAGGAAAUCACCGCCGACUUCAACAGCCAGACAUCGCAGAACUUGACGGCAGAAGAGGUCGCCCUCGGUUUCCUCGAUGUUGCCAACGAGGCCAUGAGCAGACCAAUCCGAAACACCACGGAAGCCAGGGGCUUUGCACCAGAAAAACACAAUCUUGUCAGUUUCGGUGGUGCUGGUGGUCAGCACGCAUGCGCCAUUGCGAGUAAGCUCGGUAUCAAGAGAGUAUUGAUUCACAAAUGGUCAUCACUCCUCUCGGCGCAUGGCAUAUCUCAGGCUGAUUUGCAAUACGAAUCAUUUGAGCCUCUCUCGCUAGACUUUGGCAUGGACCUAAAUGGAUUCAUCAAGGAGCGUUUAUCAUUGCUCAGAGAGAAAGUCGCUGCUGGACUACUUGCUCAAGGCGCUCAGGAAUCCACGUUGCGAUUCGACGAGUCUCUGGUCAUGAAAUAUUUCGGAACCGACACAACCAUCACGGUGACCACUCCAGACGACCUUGACUAUGGAGCGGCUUUUGAAGCUCUGCACCUGAGAGAAUUUGCCUUCAAGCUGAACCGCAAGAUUGUAAUCGACUCUGUCAAUGUCAGAGGUACUGGCAGCGCCGUGACCCUGGCGACCGAAGAGCCUCCGCUCAAAGCUCUGGCUCGGGUCAAGUCGGUGGCCACGACCGCCCAGACCACAGAAGAACAGAAGGUCUAUAUCAAUGGAUCCUGGAGAAAGGUGCCUAUAUAUCGGCUCGACCAACUUUCCAAGGGUUGCGCUGUCAGCGGACCUGCCAUGAUUAUCGACAAGACGCAAACAAUCUUUGUCGAGCCACGCUUCAAUGCUUACAUUCUUCCUGACCAUGUCAUUCUUGAAGAAAGUAACGUUGAAGACACCGUCACGAGACAAGCCGUGUCGGCAGAGGAAAUCAACCCUCUCUUGCUGUCCGUGUUUGCGCACCGUUUCAUGUCUAUUGCGGAACAAAUGGGCAACACCCUGCAGCGAACAUCAGUGUCAAGCAGCAUCAAGGAACGACUUGAUUUUUCCUGCGCAAUCUUCUCCCGCGAGGGCAAGCUCGUGGCCAAUGCACCCCAUAUCCCUAUUCAUCUGGGCAGUAUGCAAAUGGCCAUCCGCUACCAACACGAGGCCUGGAAAGGCAAGCUGAAGCCCGGAGAUGCUCUGGUCACGAAUCACCCUCUUUCGGGAGGCACUCAUUUGCCCGACUUGACGGUCGUCAGCCCCGUUUUCGUCAAUGGCGACGUUGCCUUUUACGUCGCCUCCCGCGGUCAUCAUACGGAUAUUGGUGGCAAGGGCAUAGCGGCCAUGAUGCCCGAGUCCAAGGAGCUGUGGGAGGAGGGCAUCAGUAUCAAGACCAUGAAGAUUGUUUCUGGCGGCGAGUUCCUCGAGGAUGAAAUUCGGGCUGCAUUUGACAAGGCGGGCUCGUUCCCGGGCUGUAGCCCGACCAGGAGAAUCGCAGACAAUUUAUCAGAUCUCAAGGCACAAAUAGCCUCAAACCAGCGAGGCAUUAUCUUGCUCGGCAAUCUCUGCGAAGAGUUCACACUGCCAGUGGUAUGCACAUACAUGGAGGGGAUCCAGGCCAAUGCCGAGUUCGCAGUGCGCCGAUUCCUCAAACAGCUUGCCAAGAAACACCCCGAGCCACUCACUGCUAUUGACUACUUUGACGACGGCACGCCCAUAAAAAUCAAGAUCAUUAUUGACCCAGAGACUGGCGGUGCCGUCUACGACUUUAGCGGCACAGGACCCCAACAAUGGGGAAACUACAACUGUCCGAUAUCAAUCACGCACUCGGCCAUCAUUUACACCCUCCGAUGCCUUGUCGACGUGGACAUUCCCCUCAACGAGGGCUGUCUGACGCCCAUUGACAUUCGUGUGCCGUAUGGCAGCAUGCUCAACCCUUCGCCCGCGGUUGCCAUUUGCGGGUCGACCUUGGCCAGUCAGCGCGUCAUUGACACCAUUCUGCGCGCCUUUCGUCGCUGCGCGGCAUCGCAGGGCUGCGCCAGCUCCUUUAGCUGGGGCAUGGGCGGGCGGGAUCCCGAGACGGGCAAGGUGCUUCCCGGAUGGAACUAUGGCGAGUCGCUGGGCGGCGGCGUAGGUGCCCUCCCUGGCUACCACGGCGAGAGCGCCAUCAAUGUGCACUCGACAAACACGCGCAACACGGAUCCCGAGGUCGUGGAGAAGCGGACGGCGGUCCUGGUCACAAAGUAUGCCGUGCGCAAGGGCAGUGGAGGCCGCGGCCAAUGGCGAGGAGGAGACGGUGUGACUCGAGAGAUUCAGGCACGGAUCCCGCUCAAGUUUAGCAUCCUCUCGGAUCGCAGAGUAUACCGCCCAUAUGGAAUGGAGGGUGGAGAGGCUGGGCACAGGGGCCAAAACUAUGUUUUCAAAUUCAACCAGGAGGGUACUGGCUUUGAGCAAAUCAAUUUGGGUGGCAAAGCCGUCGUCGUUCUGAAUCCCGGGGAGAAGAUGCAGAUCAACACCCCUGGCGGCGGUGCUUGGGGCAAGCCGGAAGGUGAUGCCGAUGGGUAUCGGGAGGAGGACCAAGCAGGUGAUGGAAUCUAA